AUCAUUACCAAGUUUUAUCUUCAAUUUUGUUAUUAAUAACGAUAAAAUAUACAAUAUUGGUACUACUUACAAACCUGAAAUCCAAGUCUAGGUCUUCUUGUUGAAUACCUUCAAAAUGUAGAGUUGUAUCCAUAAGUAUUACAGAAAAACAACAUGAUAUCAACCAAAAAAAUAACUUCAGUGUAUAACCAAUCAAAGUUAGUGUCUGUAAGCCAAUCAGAACAAGGUAUUCUGUAUAUAAAAUGAAUAAGUCCUCAACUUAUGUAAAAGGUAAUUUGAUUUUAUGCGAUUUCAUUAUCACAUUUUUAGAAAAAAAGAAUAAUGUCCGAUACUACUGAUAACAAUAUUAAUAAUGAAAACGGAAAUAUAGAAAAUUCUGAAAGACAUAAUUUACAUUCUAUAUGCCCAUUAUGUUGUAUAUUUAUACAAGAGAUUAGAAAAUGUUAUGAACAAACAAGUAAAUCAUUAUCAAUGGAUAAUGCUAAUCAUUGUCAUAUUAAUUUGAAUCAAAAUAAUACAAUUCAUAAUUUAACAGGUUCAAUUAAAGUUAAUAAAGAGAAUUCAGGAAGAUCCUCCUCCUCAUCAUCAUCACAACCAUCAUCAUCACCACCGCCACCGCCGCCAUCAUCAUCAUCAUUAAAACAUGAUAAUAUUUCUGUUAUAAUAUUAGAUGAAUUAAAACGUUUUUGUGAAAAUACUACAAUACGUGGUCUACCACGUAUAGUACGUGCACAUAAUCGUUAUUUACGUUCAUUAUGGUUAAUAUUAGUAUGUAUUUUAAUAUUAGGUUGUUUUAUUUGUAUGUUUUUCUUAGCUAGACAAUAUUUAGAAUAUAAUGUUAUUCAUCCACCACGUGUAUUACGUCAUACAAUUAGUCCAUUUCCAUCAGUAACUAUAUGUAAUUUUCGUCCAAUUUCACCAGAUGGAUUAAAAUAUUUACAAAUGAAAGGAUGGAAAACACCAAGACAUUUUGUAUUAGAUAUAGCUACAUAUGCUCAAUAUAUUUUUUAUGAUCAACAAAAAAUUGAAGAAUAUAAUGCAGCUAGUGCUGCAUUCUCAUUAGCUGGUUUUUUAGAAAGUUUACCAAAUAAUGAAGAAAGAAGAAAACUUGGUUAUCAACAUAAUAAAUUAAUCAUUAAAUGUCAAAUAACAUAUUUAAAUGGUAGUAAACCAGUCGCAGCACCAUGUGAACGUAAAGGUAUAUGGCGUAAAUUUAUACAUGCACAAUAUUUAAAUUGUGCUACAUUUGAACCAUAUAGUUAUUUACGUUCUGAUAUAACUAAUAUAGAAAUGUAUAUUUAUUUAGAUGAAAUGUUAAAUCGUGCUGAUUGUAUUGAUUGUUUUCAUGGUGAAGUGAAAUCCCAAUUAUCUGGUGCAUUAAUAUCAAUACAUGAUGCUAAUACAUUACCAAAUAUUAAUGAUAAAAGUAUUAAUUUAAAACCUGGUACAUUAACUGAAUUACGUUUAUCUAUUAUAGAAAAUAUACAACAAAUGCCACCAUAUGGUAGAUGUUCUAUAAAUCAUCCAUUAAAUAUAACAUUAUAUGAUAUGUUAUAUAAUUAUUCAGAAUAUGCAUGUCGUGUAUCAACAAUACAAAAUAAUAUUAAUCAACAAUGUAAUUGUUAUACAAUGGAAUAUCCAUAUAAUGAAAAUAAAGGUUAUAAACCAUGUACUGAUUUAUCUCAAUUUAUUAAUUUAUCAAAUUGUAAUCGUAAUAAUUUUAAUUUAACUAAUUUAUGUAUUAAUAAUUUAAAAAAUUUUAUAUCAAGAAUGAUGUGUAAACGUUCUGUUAUUGAAAAUUAUCUUCAUGGUGAAUUACCUAAUUGUAAAAUGCCAUGUUCAUUUUAUUCAUAUGAAUCAGAACAAUCAAUAUCAACAUGGCCAACUAAAAGUUGGCAAUUAACAUGGUUAAAUUCAUCAUAUAAUAAAAAAUUAGGUAUAUUUAAUAAUACAGAAUUUAUACCAUAUUUAAAAGCUCAACAAUUAUUAGAAUUAGGUAAUCAUAUUGAUGCAGUUAAUAUAUUAGAUAAGAUUGAUGUAUUAGAACGUAAAUUAUUGGCAAUAUUAAUUAAUAGACCUAAUUUUGAUGUACGUAAAGUUGAAGAAAAAAUUGUUUUAUCAUUAACUAGUUUAUUAUCACAAACUGGUGGUUUAUUUUCUAUAUGGAUUGGUUUAUCAAUGAUAUCAUUAGGUGAAUUAUUUGAAUUAUUUAUACGUUGUUAUAUAAGAUUAAAACAUUUUAAUCAUAAUAAUAAUAUUACUAAUAAUAGUAAUAGUAAUGAUAAUAAUAAUAAUAAUAAUAAAGUAAUACAACAUAAUAAUAAUUCAUUAAAACAAAAUAAUUAUUAUCCAUUAUCGAAUUAUAAUGAUCAUAUAUUACAUAAUUUAUUAUUAUUAAAUCAAUUACAUAAUAAUAAUAGUAAUAUUAAUAAUAUUGAUAAUAAUAAUGCAAAUGAUAUUAUUAAUAAAAUCAAUAAAAUUUUAAUAAAUGAAGAAAAUAAUUUACAUAAUUUACUAUUAUCGAAAAAAAAUGAGAAUGAUCAAUCAAUAAAUCAAUAA